AUGCCCGCGUCCCCUAGCAAAGGCAGGGGAUCGAGCCCGGCCAAACCAAGCCAGGAUAAGCCCAAGACGACAAAGAAGAAGGACGACAAGCCCGCUGGUGCAGACAUUCGUAGCUUUUUUGGCGGCGGCUCUCAGCCAAAGAAGCCUGCCCCACCUCCCAAGGCCAAGGGAACUGACGACGAGCCCAUUGAGAUUGACCUGAGCGACGACGAGCCAGUAAAGACCAAGCCUGCUGCGCCCAAGCCCAAGGCCGCUGCUACCACCAGCAAGCAUUUCCCCGCCGCCGCCGCGUCCUCUUCAAAGCGCGCCAUCUCUAUCGAGUCCAGCCCCGAACCUACGCCUGUUAAGAAGGCCCCAGCAAAGCCCACUGCCUCUGCCAGCAAGGCUGCUUCGACGUCCAAGGCGGCCGCUUCGUCUAGCAAGCCCGCCUCGUCCUCAAAGUCUGCUGCCAAGGUGCCGACGAAGCGCAAGACCCCCUUGUCUGAUGAUGAUGAGGACGACACGCCCGUCAAGCCCAAGAAGCGUGUUGUAAAGCGUUCAGUCAGCGAGUCGUCGGAUAGCGAGUAUGAGAAGCCCAAGCCGGCUGCUCGCAAGGCUGCUCCCAAGGGAAGGAAACCGCUUGUCUCGAGCGACAGUGACAGCGAGGAGGAAGAAGAGAUCGAGGUCAAGCCCAAGAAGAAGGCUCCUGCAAAGGCACCUGCCAAGCCCAAGGCUGCGCCCAAGACGACCCCCAAGGCCGCGGCCGCCAAGGGUAAGGCCAAGGCCAAAAAGGACGACGACGACGAGGGCGAGGAAGAGGAGAAGAAGCCCAAAGUCAACUGGGCUGCCAUCGCGGCCUCUCGCGCCGCAGGUCCCCGGGCCCCCGGGUCCAAGGUCAUCCCCGACGGCCAACCCGGAGCUCUGGCUGGCCUCACUCUGGUCUUUACUGGAGAGCUCGAGUCUCUGGGCCGCGACGACGCUAUUGAGCUCGCAAAGCGCUACAUGGCCAAGGUCACGGGUGCUCCUUCAGGCAAGACGAGCUAUGUUGUUGUCGGCGAAAACGCCGGCCAGUCCAAGCUCGACAAGAUCAAGAAGACCGGCACGCCCACUAUCACCGAGGACGAGUUCCUCGACCUCAUCGCCACGCGUACCGGUGUGCUUGACGAUAAGCAAAAGGCUGCCGUGGCCAAGGCGGACAAAAAAGUCAUGGAUGAUGCUCGGGAGCUGGAGCUCAGGGAGAAGGAGGCUGAGAAGCUUCGUAAGAGGAAGGAGGCUGCUCUGGAGGGCACUGGCCUUGCUACCAAGAAAAUCACACCAGUCUCGGCUCAGCUCUGGACGACCAAGUAUGCCCCGCAGACUGUCAAGGAGAUCUGUGGAAACAAGGGCCAGGUGGAGAAGCUCGGCAUCUGGCUUAACGACUGGUCCAAGUACUACUCGUCGGGAUUCAAGAAGCCCGGCAAGGAUGGCGGUGGCUUAUACCGCGCGGUGCUCAUCUCUGGUCCUCCCGGCAUUGGCAAAACCACCUCGGCUCACCUCAUGGCCAAGGCUGCGGGCUACACACCCAUCGAGCUCAACGCUAGUGACGCUCGUAGCAAGAAGCUCAUUGAAAACGCGACCAACAUUGACAACACUUCGCUCGAUGGUUUCUUCCAGGGCAAGGGAAUGCAGAGCACCACUGUCGCGGACGUCCAUGUCGGCAAGCGAACCUGUCUCAUCAUGGACGAGGUCGACGGAAUGUCUGCCGGUGACCGUGGUGGUGUUGGUGCCAUGAACGCGCUCAUCAAGAAGACCAAGCUUGCAGAAGAUGAAGCCUCUGCAGAGCACCACUUGGAACCUUCCCUUCAGGAGGCUGCGGAGAUCCGUUCUCGCAUCCUCUCCAUUCUGCACAGGGAGAAACUCAAGGUUCCGACCAACGUUGUGGACCAGCUUGUCGGUGGUGCCGGCUCGGACAUUCGCCAGGUCCUCAACAUGCUCUCCACGUUCAAGCUGGGCAAGAGCGAGAUGGACUUUGACGAAGGCAAGGAGAUCCUCAAGGUGAACGAGAAGAACACCAUCAUGACGCCGUUUACCAUUACCGAGAAGCUCACUGGACCGUAUGCGUUCUCUCGUACCAACAAGCAGACCCUGGGCGAAAAGAUGGAGCUCUUCUUCCACGACAUUUCGUUUGUGCCACUCUUCAUCCAGGAGCACUAUGCCAAGACGAACCCAGCCUUGGUCGGCAACCUCGAUGGCCCCGACCGCACGCUCAAGCACCUCGAGCUGCUCUCCAAGGCGGCAGACUCGAUCUCGGACGGCGACAUUGUCGACCGCAUGAUCCACGGUAGCGAGCAGCACUGGUCACUGCUCCCCUUCCACGCCGUCACCUCUGCCAUUAUCCCUUCGUCCAGCAUCUAUGGUCCUAUCCGUCAAGACAACAAGGGCGGCGGCGGUGGCUGGGGUCCUAGCUUCCCACAAUGGCUUGGCCAAAACUCCAAGCAGGGCAAGCUCGGCCGCCAGCUGACCGACAUUCAGAUCCGUAUGCGUCUCUGCGUCUCGGGCGGCCGCGACGAAAUCCGUCAACAGUACAUGCCCCUCUUGGCCAACAAGAUUGUGCUCCCACUCACGGGCAAGAACGGCGCGGACGCGAUCGACGGCGUGAUAGAGACGAUGGACGAGUACUAUCUGACCAAGGACGACUGGGACGCGUUCGUCGAGCUGGGCGUGGACACGAUGAAGGAGGACGACAUCCUCAAGAAGAUUCCCACGGCCACCAAGUCGGCGUUCACGCGCACGUACAACAAGAUGGACCACCACGUCGCGUUCCACAAGGGCGACAUGUUUGCCGCUUCCAAGAAGAAGAUUGCCGAUACCGGUCCGGCACCGGACAAUGACGAGGUGUUUGAGGAAGAAGACGCGCCGCCGCCCGAGGACGAGGACGAGGCGGUCGACGAAGACGUCAAUGACUAUACAAAGGACAAGCUCAUCAAGGCUGUCAAGCCCAAGGGCAAGGGCAAGGCUAAGAAGUAG